CAGCUGUAAAUGAGGCAUCUACAGCCUCCUCAAGGACCCCAGGGUCAACACAUGAAACUCAACCAACUGAAUCAUGGGAUACCUUGUCCACUCUGGAAUCUACAACUUCCCAAAGGAGCCCAAUUCCCACACAUCCAACUCCAGCAACAGAGCCCACCAACACAAUAUUUACUCAGAAGUCUGCCACCUUUUCUGGGAGCUCAAGUUCCACAGAUACAGCUAUUCCUCCUGACACCUCACUCAGUACAGGAAAGACUGAGCCAUACACAACUUCCCAGAGCAAUUUGAUUUCAACAAUAGCAACUCAAACAACUGAGACAUCUCAAACAACAGUCCUCACUCAGGAGUCUACAACCUUACCAAGCAGUUCACUUUCCACAGAAACAGCUGGACCUCCUGAUGUCACUCACACCUCAGCCCUGACAGAUGCACCUACAACAUCCCUAAGAAGUCCAAUAUUGACACAGUCAACUGAAGCUUUUGAGACCUCUCCAACAACCAUGGUCAGUCAGGAAUCUACAACAUCCCCAAACACCCUGAUUACAACACUUGGAACACAAGUCCCUGAGACUUCCAAAACAGUCUUCACUGAGGAAUCUACACCCUUCCCAAGCACCUCAUUUUCCACAGGAACAGCUGUACCUCCUGAGAUCACUCACACCUCAGUCCUGACUGAACCUCUUACAACCUCCCCAAGAAGCCGCAUUUCCACAGAUUCAUCUCAACCAUCUGAUACCUUGCAAACAACCAUCUUCACUCAAGAAUCUACAACCUCUCCAAGCAGCUCAGUGUCCCCAGAAACAGCCCUACCUACUGAAUUGUCCUACACCUCAGCUCUGAAUAAGGAAUCCACGACAUCCCUUAGUAGCCUGAUUUCUACACAUGCCACAGAAGGAACUGAGAAAUCCCCAACAGUCUCCACACAGGAACCUACAAUCUUCCGAACCCCCUCAAUUUCACCAGAAACAGCUGUACCUCCUGAGAGCUCCCACACCACAGUCCAACCUGAAGCAUCUACAACCUCCCUGAGUAGCUCAUUUUCAACACAAGCAACUGAGACCUCCCACAAAACAGCCUUACCUCAGGAAUCUACAACUUUCCAGAGCUCCUCAACUUUAAGAGAAAGUGCUUUACCUCCUGAGGGCUCCCACACUACAGUCCAAAAUGAGGCCUCCACAACCUCCCCGAGCAGCUCAAUUUCAACACAGACAUCUCAACCCACAGAGUCAUUCCAAACGACUGUCUUCACUCUGGAACCCACAACCUUCUCUAGCAGCCCAAUGUUGACAGAAACCACUGGGCCUCCUCAGAUCACUCACACCACAGUCCACACUGACUCAUCUACAACCUCCCAGAGCAGCCCAGUUCUGUCACAGGCAACUCACACUACUGCAGGCUCUCAAACAACAGUCUUCCCCCGGGAAUCUACUACAACCUUCCCAACCAGCACAAUUUCCACAGAAACAGCUGUAACUCCUGAAAAACCCUACACCUCAGCUCUUCCUCCAGAGUCUACCACCUCCCCACCUAGCCCAAGUUCUACACAAACAGCUCAAGCAACUGAGACAUCCCCAAGAGUCUUCACUCAGGAAUCUACUAUCCUCACAUCCCCCUCCAUUUCUACAGACACAGCUGGACCUCCUGAAAGCUCCUACACCUCAGCUGUAAGUGGGGCAUCUACAGCCUCCUCAAGGACCCCAGUGUCAACACAUGAAACUCAACCAGCUGAAUCAUGGGAAACAGUCUUCACUCAGGAACCUACCACUUCCCAAAGGAGCCCAGUUUCAACACAUUCAACUCAAGCAACAGAACCCUUGAACCCAAUAUUUACUCAGACGUCUACAACCUUCCCAAGCAGCUCAGUUUUCCCAGAAACUGCUGUCCCUCCUGACACCUCAUCUACUACAAGACAGAAUGAGGCAUACUCAACCUCCUCAGUCAGCUUGAUUUCAACACAAGCAACUCAAGCAUCUGAGACAUCCCAAAAAACAAUCAUCUCUCAGGAAUCUACCACAUUUCCAGGCAGGUCAACUUCCAUGGAAACUCCUCUACCUCCUGAGAGUUCCUAUGUCACAGUCCAAACUGAGGCAUCUACAACCUUGCCAAGCAGCUCAGCUUUGACACAUGCAGCUCAAUCAGCUGAAACCUCCAAAACAGUCUUCACUCAGGAGUCUACAUCCUUGUCAAGCCCCUCAAUUUCCACAGAAACAGUUGUAUCUCCUGUUACCUCCCACACCUCUUCCCUGACAGAAGCAACUACAACUUCCCCAAGCAGCCUGAUUUCCACACAUGCAACUCAAGCCACCAAAACAUCUCAAAUAACAGUCUUCACCCAGGAAUCUACAGCUUCCACAACCAGCUCAUUUUCUGCAGAAACAUCUCUAACUCCUGAGACCUUCUACACCUCAACUCUGAAUGAAGAUUCUACACCUUUCCCAAGUAGCCUGAAUUCUACACCAACAGCUCAAGCAACUGAGACAUCCCCAGAAGUCUUGACUCAGGAAUCUACCAUCUCCAGAUCCCCUUCCAUUUCAACAGAAACAGGUGUACCUCCUGAGAUCUCACAAACCUCAGCACAGGCGCAGGCAUCUACAACAUCGUUAGUGGGCUCCUUUUCUACACAUGGAACUCAAUCCACUGACACUUUCCAAAAAACAGUCUUCACUCAGGAGCCUACAACCCUCCCAAGAAGCCCAAUUUCCACACAAACAGCUGUACCUCCUGACAGCUCCCACACCACCAUCCCAACUGAGGCAUCUUCAACCUCCUUGACCAGCUCAAUUUCAACACAUGCAACUCAAGCAACUGAUACAACAUUGCCAAGAGGAUCCAUUUCCACAGAAAGUGCUGUAGCUCCUGAGAGCUCCCCCACCACACACCAUCAUCAGGGAUCUACAACAUCCCCAAUCAGUCCAAUUACAGCUCAUGUAACUCAUCCCACUGACUCACAAACAACAGUCUUCACUCUGGAGUCUACACCCUUUGCAACCAGCUCUAUUUCCACAGAAACCUCUAUACCUCCUGAGGUCUCGCACAGCUCAGCCCUGACUGAGGCAUCUACAUCAUCAUCAAGCAGCCCAAUUUCCACACAAGCAACUCAACCAACUGAAACCUCCAAACCCGCCACCACCCAGGAAUCUACAACCUUCCCCAGCAGCUCGGUGUCCCCAGAAACAGUUGUUCCUCCUGACUCCUCACUCUCCACAGCCCUGACUGAGGCAUCUACAACCUCUCCAAGGAGCCCAGUUUUGAAACCUGUAACCCAAGCAACUGAGACCUCCCAAACAACAGUCUUCACUGAGGAAUCUACAGCCUUCCUGAGCAGCUCGGUUUCCACAGGAACAGCUGUACCUCCUGAGAUCACCCACACCUCAGCCCUGACUGAGUCUUUUACAAUCUCCCCAAGAAGCCCAAUGUCCACAGAUUCAUCUCAACCACCUGUUACCUUGCAAACAACUGUCUUCACUCAGGAAUCUACAACCUCUCCAAGCAGCUCAGUUUCCCCAGACACAGCCCUACCUCCUGAGACAUUCUUCACCUCAGCCCUGACUGAAGCGUCUACAACCUCCCCAAGCCACCCAAUUUCAACAGAUGGAGCUCAGAACACUGAGACCUCCCCAAUGACAACCUUCACCCAGGAGUCUACAACUUUCCUGGGCAGCUCAAGGUCCUCAGGAAGAACUGUAGCUUCUGAGACCUCCCACAGCACAGUCCAAACACAUGCAUCUACAACCUCCCCAUCCAGCCUAUUUCCAACCCAAGUAACUCAAGCAACUGAGACCUCCCAUACAGUCUUCACUCUGGAAUCCACCACCUUCCCAAGCAGUGGGAUUUCAACGUCCACGAGCCAUCCCGCUAAGAGCUCUCAAUCUACCACCAUUACUGGUGAAUCAACAUUCCCCGGUUCACCACCCUCAGAUUGGUCCCCAACUACUUUAACACCCCACAGUUCAAGGUCACCACUGCCACCAGCAUCAUCUCACACCUCCCCAGCCGCAGUCUCGCCCUCCUCUCCACCCAUCUUCUCCAGUUCAGCCCGCUCCCCAACCUCACCUGAUGGCCCUGAAACCGCAGCUCAUGUGACCUCUUCUUUGACUUCUUCAGUUCCCCGUUUCUCAUCCUCGCCAGUCUCCGACUCCUCUUCAUCCCAGACAAGGCUUCCUGGGUCUUCCCCUUUCUCCUCCCCCUCCCCUCGCCCCCCUCACAGCACCUUCCCUGUGUUCAGCAGCAGCUCCACUGCCCGGCCCCCUUUCACCAGCCUACACCCUACUUCCAUGAGGACUCAAUACAUCUCUUUGCCACCAAAGGACUGCAAGAAUGGGAAGUGGAAUGGCCGAGCGUGUGAAUGCAAACCGGGCUACACCGGCCAGCUCUGCGACUCCAUCCUGUACUCCUUCCCAGUAGAAAUCCCGAAUGUUAUCAACGCCACAGUGACCGUGAUUGUAAAAGUGAUUCAUCGGAACUUCACAGCUGACCUGAGGAACAAAUCCUCCCAGGCCUACAAGGACUUCAGAGAUCUCUUCCUGAGCCAGAUGGAUAAAGUUUACGGGGGCGAUGACCUUCCCGAGUACAGAGAUGUGACCAUUAGAGGAUUGUACAAUGGCAGCAUCGUGGUGGAAAGCGACGUCGUUCUAGUGGCCAACUACACCCCGGAGUAUCAGGCGCUGUUCAGAAACCUCACGAGGAUCGUGAAGGACAAGAUCAUCAAUGAGACCAGAGCAAUCGACACUGACCCUUUCCUGUGCCAACGCAGCAAACUGUGCUACAAUGGUAACUUCACCACUGUGGACGUGGAGGCGCUGAGACUCAGUUUCAACCCUGCCGAGCUUUGCACCCGGGAGGCUGCCGAGGACUUCAGACAGUACUUCUACCCGGAGGUCCUGGAGGGAAGGCUGACCUGCGUGAACAACUGCACUCAGGGCACAAAGUCGCAGCUCAACUGCAACCUGGGCCGGUGCCAGCUGCUGCGCUCGGGACCCCACUGCGUGUGCCCCAACACAGACACCCACUGGUACUGGGGGGAGACUUGCCAGUCUAGAACCAGCAAGAGACUCGUGUAUGGACUUGUGGGCACCGUGCUGGCAGUCCUGCUGGUCCUUGUGGUUGUCUUGGCUGUCUUCCUUGGCCGGUCUCAGAAAGAACUGCGCAGGUCAAAAUAUGACCCCUCCCAAGCAUGGCAGAGAGACGCUGUCCCUGGAACCUUCCGGAGCACAGGCGUCUGGGAAGGCCAGAAUCUGAAAGACGACAAAUUUACCCUUGAGAAAGGGUACAGCCACUUCCGGCCAAACCUGCAGAGUGUGGACCCCAAAGCCGAGCUCAACUUUCAGAGGCCCGAGGUGGUAAAACCCACAGCUUAGUGGAAACGGAAGCAUCUGGUCAUCUGGUCUACCCCAUCGUGCCCCGUCCAGCUUCAGACCAGAGAGGAACAGAGUCCCCACCACGGGACUCCUGGCUGGUCAGGACGAAGCUGACACCAGGUCCCAAAGCUUCGUGUGACUGAUCUGAGGUGGUCGGAGCCGGCCCAUGGGUCACUGCCAGGAGACUAACCACAGGACACAGAGCCGAGGACUGAGAGCCGGACCCCUCCUCCUCCCCACUGUCACCUCCAUGUCACAGGAACCCAAGACGCCGCUGAGCACCUUGGCAUCUUUGUUUGCGCAUAGGUACCACCCUGCUCUGGAAUUUCCCUGUCAAUAAAGCAAUUCUUCAACGCAGA